UGAAGUCCUACAGCCAUUUGCCAAGGUCACCGAUCUUACUCAGGGUGUGAGGAUUGUGACCAUCAGCUCUGUCCUCCCCUGUGUAUUAUCACUAAACCAUUUGGAGAAAAUGAAAAAGCAAGUGCGCUUUCUGGGAAGCAUGAUCCAAAGCCUGCAGUGCUCUCUCAAGAAAAGAUUCCGGGGGAUAUUUGUUAACGUGAAAAUGUCAUCAGCAGCACCGGCUGGAGAAGAGCUGCCAUUUGCAGACCCACUCUACAUCAGAGCAACUGUCCUGGACCCAGCAUUCUCCAUGAUGUGGCUUCAGCAUGACGUGCUUGUCACUGAUGACAUAAAGAAUGACAUUGCUGAUAUGGUGAAAGAUCUGAUUCUACACAUGGUGCCACCUGGCACAAUACUCCAGAGUCCUGAAUACCAAGAGGAAGAAAGGCAGCAGGAACAGGGCUCUGGGUUAUUUUCAGAGUACAGAAAACGUCGCAAGCAGGACACAACCAGUAGUCCAGAGACACAAUUGAAUAACUAUUUUGGCCUUUGUUAUUGCCCUCUACCAAACCCAAGCACUAACCCAGCCAUUCCAGGCCCCGAAACUGAGCCAUCUUUUCCAGGCCUCAGCACUAACCCAUCCAGCACCAACCCAACCAUUUCAGGACCCAACACUGACCCAGCUGCUCCAGGCCCAAGCAAGCCAGCCACCUCCACCAACACAUUAACUCCAGAGGACAUUAGGCCUUACCCAAAAGCUGGUCCAAGAAAACAAGUUAACCAGCAGAGAAAAAAAGGGAAAAACUGCUAUUCUCACCGACACACCCGUGAAGGAGGCACUUGA